AUGUGGGGGGAAAAAAACCUAAACUAUUUCUCCUGUCCAGUUGUACAAACGCCCCGGCUGACUGUGUCUCCGUCGUGGCUGAGUCCCGGCGCCGUGGUGACGCUGCGCUGCGAGGUGGAGCCUCAGUCUGCGGGAAGGAGGUUCUACUGGUAUAAAGCUGUUCCUGAUCUGUCGCAGAUUAAAUUCAGAUAUGAUUUGCUGCCUGCCAGCGUCGACGGGACAGUAGAGAACUCCUUCGUCAUUCACGAACAAAAACACACAGCAGCAUAUGCGUAUGCUCACCCAGCAGCGUCUCUCACAGUGAGUCCCGUCAGAGACAAACUUUUCACUUUCGACGAAGUCGGUCUGCACUGCACGGGAAACUCUGCUGAAUGGAGAGUGAUGAGGAUCGUAAAGUCAUCCUACUCAAACUGCUCCGUCUGGGGGACAAUGACCGGACCCCUGUGCACCUUCAAGAGCCGCUGGUUGCAUAAAGCAGUGUACUGGUGCGAGUCUCGAUCCGGAAAGUUCAGCAACGCAGUCAACAUCACCAUAGACCUUGCACCGUUGCUUGAACUGACUGUGUCUCCAUCAUGGCUGAUUCCCGGAACCUUGGUUAACCUGAGCUGUGAGGUCGAUCCUCCAUCUGACGGAUGGAUGUUCUACUGGUAUAAAGCUGUUCCCGAUCUGUCAAGAGAUGGCUACAGAUAUGAGCUGCUGCCUGAUAACAUCAAUGGGACGAGGCAGCACUCCCUGGUCAUUCAUGGACAGAAUCACACAGCAGGAUAUGCAUGUAGGGUGGGAUAUGGAAUCCCAGAGUUUCUCUCUCGAUACAGCAAACCAAAGUUCGUCUGCUCUCCAGUCUCCCAUCCAGCAGCUUCUCUCUCAGUGAGUCCUGACAGAGAGCAACACUUCACCUCUGAGUCUGUGACUCUGAGCUGUGGAGGAAACUCUGGUGACUGGAGAGUGAAGGUGACGAGAGAAUUGGGUUCCUCAUCGUACACCGACUCAUGCUCCGCCUGGGGGGCAAUGAAUGGGUCCUUGUGUGCCUUCAGCAGUCCACAGCUCUAUAAAGCAGCGUUCUGGUGUGAGUCUGAAUCAGGAGAGCUCAGCAACGCAGUCAACAUCACUGUGCAAGGCUCUCAUCCGACAGCUUCUCUCACGGUGAGUCCUACCAGAGAGAAACUUUUCACGGGCGACAAAAUCCAGCUGAAAUGCAGCGGGAGCUCUGGCGUCUGGAGGGUGAGGAGGUUCAGGCAGUCGUCCUACAACUCAGACAUUUCCGACUGCUUCAGCUGGGGGACCAUGUCCGGCUCCUCGUGCACCUUCAGCAGCCGCUGGCAGCUAACCGCCGUGUACUGGUGCGAGUCUGGAUUGGGACAGCUGAGCAACGCGAUCAACAUCACCAUACACGCCACACCGAAGAUUGCCCUGACUGUGUCUACACAAUGGGCGAGUCCUGGAGCCUCAGUGACUCUGAGAUGUGAGGUUAAGUCUUCGUUGCCAGGAUGGAGGUUCUACUGGUAUAAAGCUGUUCCUCAAAUGUCCAACACCUACAAAUAUUACUUGCUGCCUGAGAAAACCCAUGAGUCUCCACGGGACUCCUACGUCGUCCACGACUCGAAACACACGACAGGAUACGCAUGUCGAGCUGGAUGGGGAGUCCCACAGUAUUUCACCAAUUACAGCGAGCCAAAGAUCGUCUGGUCUGCAGAUUCUCACCCAGAAGCGUCUCUCACAGUGAGUCCUGACAGAGACAUUUACACUGUCGAUGAAGUCCAGCUGACAUGCAGAGGGAGCUCUAGUUACUGGAAAGUGAGGCGGUUCAGACCGUACUACCAGUCAGACGUAUCAGACUGCUCCGUCUGGGGGAAAAUGACUAGAUCCUCAUGUACCUUCAUCAGUAGCCAGUAUCACAAAGCAGUGUACUGGUGUGAGUCUGGAUCAGGAGAGUUGAGUAAUGCAGUCAACAUCACAGUAAACAGUACACCGAAGCCAGUCCUGACUGUGUCUACAUCAUGGCCGAGUCCUGGAGCCUCAGUGACUCUGAGCUGUGAGGUCAAACCUUCAUCUACAGGAUGGAGGUUCUACUGGUAUAAAGCUGUUCCUGAUCUAAAACAGAACAACUACAGAUACAAGCUGCUGUCUGACGGCGUCGACGGGACCGCACUGGGGUCCCACGUCAUCCAUGGAGAGAUGCACACGGUUGUGUACGCAUGCAGGGCUCGAAGAGAAAAAGAACAGUACUUCACCGAGUACAGUGAACCAAAUUUUGUCUGGUCCGCAGAUCCCCACCAAGCAGCGUCUCUCACAGUGAGUCCUGCCAGAGACAAACUUUACAUCGUUGACGACAUCCAGCUGAAAUGUACAGGAAACUCUGCUGACUGGAGAGUGAGGCGGUUUAGACAAUCGUACUACAAGGCAGAUUUAUCGGACUGCUCCAGCUGGGGAAAAAUGAUCGGACCCUUGUGCACCUUCAGCAAUCCCCUCUACCACAGAGCAGUGUACUGGUGUGAGUCUGGAUCGGGAGAGUUCAGCAACGCAGUCAACAUCUCUAUGGAAUCUGCACUAAUGCCCCAUCUGACUGUGUCUCUAUCAUGGCUGAGUCCUGGAGCCUCAGUGACUCUAACCUGUGAGGUUAAACCUUCAUCUGUGGGAUUGAGGUUCUACUGGUACAAAGCUGUUCCUGAUUUAUCAAAGAAUGGCUACAAAUAUGAUCCACUGCCUGGCAUUACCAGAGGGACCGUAGAAAACGUCUACGUCGUCUAUGGACAGAAACACACAGCAGGAUAUGCAUGCAGAGGUGGGAAAGGAAACCCGGAGUUUUUCACCGAGUACAGUAAGCCAAAUAUUGUCUGGUCUGCAGCUUCCAAUCCGGAAGCGUCUCUCAUCAUGAGUCCCAACAGAAAUGAAAUUUUCGCCGAUGAGAAAAUCCAACUGAGCUGCAUAGGAAGGUCCCCUAACUGGAGGGUGAAUAGGUUGAUACAGUCAUACUACCGGUCGGACUCGUCCAACUGCACCGUCUGGGGGAAAAUGACCAGAUCCUCGUGCACCUUCACGAGUUCCGACAACGACAAAGCAGUGUACUGGUGUGAGUCUGAAUCGGGAAAGUUCAGCAAUGCUAUCAACAUCACUUUAAAAUCUAAUCCAAGGCCCCAGCUGACUGUGUCUCCAUCAUGGCUGAAUCCUGGAGCCUCAGUGACUCUGAGCUGUGAGGUUGAACCUCCAUCAGCAGGAUGGAGGUUCUACUGGUAUAAAGCUGUUCCCGGUCUGUCUAGUGGCUACACGUAUGAUCUGCUGCCCGAUAGCGUUAAGGGGACUGUGCAGGACUCCUAUGUUGUUCACGGUCAGAAACGCACAGUGGGGUACGCAUGUAGAGCUGGAAUCGGAAACCCAGAGAUCUUCACCAAUCACAGUGAGCCAAAGAUCGUCUGGUCAGCAGAUUCCCACCCAGCAGCGUCUCUCACAGUGAGUCCUGCCAGAGACAAACUUUACAUUGUUGACGACAUCCAGCUGAAAUGUACAGGAAUCUCUACUGACUGGAGAGUGAAGCGGGUUAGCCAAUCAUAUGACCAGUCAGACGUAUCAGACUGCUCCAGCUGGGGAACAAUGACUGGAUCCUCAUGUACCUUCACUAACCCCCAGUACCACAGUGCAGUGUACUGGUGUGAGUCUGAAUCCGGAGAGUACAGCAAUGCAGUGAACAUCACUUUAAUCCAUCCACCACAGCCCACACUGUUUGUGUCUUCAUCAUGGCUGAGUCCUGGAGCCUCAGUGACUCUAAGAUGUGAGGUUAAACCUUCAUCUGUGGGAUGGAGGUUCUACUGGUACAAAGCUGUUCCUGAUCUAUCGCAGAACUACAAAUAUGAUCCACUGCCUGACAUUACCGGAGGGACCGUAGAGAACGUCUACGUCGUCUAUGGACAGAAACACACAGCAGGACUCUCAUGCAGAGGUGGGAAAGGAAACCCGGCGAUUUUCACCAAGUACAGUGAGCCAAGGUUUGUCUGGUCUGCAGUUUCCCACCCAGCAGCGUAUCUCACAGUGAGUCCUGCCAGAGACAAACUUUACAUCGUUGACGACAUCCAGCUGAAAUGUACAGGAAACUCUGCUGACUGGAGAGUGAGGCGGAUUAGACAAUCAUACGACCCGUCAGAUGUAUCGGACUGCUCCAGCUGGGGAACAAUGACUGAAUCCUCGUGUACGUUCAGCAGUCCCCAGUACAAUGUAGCUCUGUACUGGUGUGAGUCUGAAUCAGGAGAUUUCAGCAACGCAGUCAACAUCACUGUGCAAGAUGAAAAUCUUCUCCUGGUGAGCCCCGUCCAUCCUGUGACUGAAGGAGCUUCUGUUACUCUGAGCUGCAUAGCGAGAGAAGAAAACCAACUUUCCAAUGUGAUUUUCUAUCACAACGACAAGCUGAGGCAAAAUGACAGCAGAGGAGAGCUGAAGAUCUCUGCAGUGUCUCAGUCAGAUGAAGGUUUCUACAAGUGUGAACAUUCAGGGGAAGUUUCUCUUCAGAGCUGGGUGGGAGUUAAAGCCGGUUUAAAAAGGAGCAGCUCUUCAUUUCAUGCAAUGUGGGCCGUGGGACCGCUUUGUGGAAUCCUCCUCCUCCUCCUGCUGCUGCUUCUGAUUCGCUUUAUAAGGCUCAAAGGCACUUCCUACUUCUAUGACGUAGUGAGGCCCACUAAAAAUCCUGAAAACGAUUCAAAGAAGGAUCAAAGCAUCUCCUACUCACUCCUUAACUUUAAAAACACUGGAAACAUGAGGCACUAUCUGGAACCAGAUGACAGUCCUGUCAAUUCUGAUGUGAGAGUAGGAGCUGCAGGAAGGUCCAGUCUAGCAGCAUCCGACGCAGCCGUUUAUUCUGAAGUGAAAUCGACCUCUGGAUACUGAUGAUGCUGUUUGGACUCAAUGUUAGAGGGGUUUGUUCCAAAAAGACAACUUUAGAUAUAUAUUUUCAUAUGUACUUAAGUGAGUUAUGAUCCGGAUAUUAAAAUAUUUAAUUCAAGAUUGGUUUGAGAAAGCAAUGUAAUAUUCCAACGUGAUACAAAAUGCAUCCCAGCCAAAGACAAAAAUACAGGUUAAGGUAAAAUGUACCUGGUUUCAUGAUGAAAUCAGAAACAGGUGCAUUUAUUCCCGUUGGACUAUGAAAUGCAUAAAAUUUUAUAAAAAUUAAACUCAAUGUAAAAAGGAGGAGAUUUACAGAUUAAGAAUGUUAUUUUACAAAGGGAGAUAUUGAGGUUUACAUUCUGACUGUAUAGUUUUAAGUGAACACAGGCAAUAAAAACAAAUAUGUCACAACAGGGGCUUCUGAUGGGCAACCGCCCAGGGAGGCAUCUUGUAAGGGGCGGCUUAUGCUCCGCCAACCCCUGCGGCGCCCCCCGCUCAAUCGAGGGAUCUGAAUAAAGCAUCACUUGAUAGACUGAUGUGAUGCCUAGUUCAUUUACAUAGCUGCAUAGUGAAAGGGUGAGGGGUUACUGUGGUCAUACAUGUUUGUGAUUAAAUCAGAAACAUGAUCAAGAAAAUCCCAGAUUAUAUAACUAUAAGGUAAAAAGAGCAGCAACAGUGGGACUUUAGCAAUGACUGAAUAACAUCAUUCUGAGACUUGAAGUGUCAUUACAUGCAGAAAUAAUAUUUACCGACGAGAGCAACAAACAGAAGCAGCUCAAGUAAUGAUGAUGGGUUUGUCGCACUAACAUGAGUGUAAAAAUGUCGAGCGUUUGGUUUUCAUAACCACUGAAAAGCUAAAGAUUGAUAAGAUGAAUGUUUCAUAAUGCAGAUUUUAAAAUCAAUCUAUUUUUGCUUGUUGACCAGAUGUGUUAUGUUAUUAGGUGUUAAAUGGACAGGAGUCUUUCUAUUGUGAUUAUUACUGAACAUUCCUGCUGUAACGGUUAAGUUGUAUAUCAAAUGAUCCUUUGCUGUUUCUUGGCUCUGACUUGCUAAUCAAAUAAUGUUAAGUGAGAAUAAUUUUUUGUAUCUGUAAUAAAAAUUUGAGUUUGUGGUGAUUUUCACGUCUGCAAUAAAAACUUGAAUCUGUGAAA